GUGCACGCAUGAGCGCGCACUUGCGUUCUUUAAAGAAAUAUUUUUUUCUUCCAUUUCAACUGAACGACACUGAACACGCAUUAAGAGGAAUGAGCAGCCUAUCGAGCCAUUGUUUCGUGCAUCAAGGAUGACGAGGAUCCCGGGGCUGCUCUGCUCACUACUUAUUAAGAGCUCAGUACUCUGCUCAUGCAGCUUGCACUCAGGUUGGUGAAGAUGACCCGAGAGGAUUUCCAGUGAGCAUGAGCACACACUCCUUCUUUUUUUACUGAUGAGUGGUCGUCUUCAGCGCAUUUAGACGUUUGCCACCCCCCCAAUCCAGUUUCUCAACAGAAGCAGCUACGGCGGACACCUGUCUGUCGCGUUGCAGGUAUGCAGCUCGGAUCUAGCUGAAAGAACAACAUUGUGAGCACAAAAUGUAGGAUUUCACAAAGGAUCUUCACACAUGCGUUGCUGGGCUGCAAAAGUGAUAGAGCGUUUGCGGUCAUGGAGAACGUUUUCCCCCAUAUUUUUUAAAAGCAACCCCCGCUGUUUCUCGCAGGCUUCAACGAUGAGAGGACGAUGGCGCUCUUACUUUAUGACUGUCUUGGUCUACGUGAUCGCAUUGCACACACGGUCCAAAGCUGAUUCCAAUGCAACACGCAAAGACAUCACAACGUUCACUAAGAUCCUGGACAGUCUUCUAGAUGGCUAUGACAACAGGCUGAGACCUGGCUUGGGUGACCGUGUAACAGAAGUCAAGACUGAUAUAUACGUGACCAGCUUUGGCCCAGUGUCAGACACAGACAUGGAGUACACCAUCGAUGUUUUCUUCCGUCAGACUUGGAAAGACGAGCGAUUAAAGUUCCAUGGCCCAAUGAACAUUCUGCCCCUCAACAACUUGAUGGCCAGUAAGAUCUGGACUCCUGAUACCUUCUUUCACAACGGCAAGAAGUCCGUGGCGCAUAACAUGACAAUGCCCAACAAACUGCUGAGGAUUAUGGAGGAUGGAACGCUGCUGUAUACUAUGAGGCUAACGGUUCAAGCUGAGUGCCCCAUGCACCUGGAAGACUUUCCCAUGGACUCUCACUCAUGUCCUCUCAAGUUUGGCAGCUAUGCCUACACAAAGUCUGAAGUUACUUAUAUUUGGACUCGAAAUGCCUCCAAAUCUGUGGAUGUGGCAGCUGAUGGAUCGAGACUCAACCAGUAUGACUUGGUGGGACAAACUGUGGGAAAGGAGACAAUUAAAUCCAGCACUGGUGAAUACACGGUCAUGACUGCCCACUUCCACCUGAAAAGGAAAAUUGGCUAUUUUGUGAUCCAGACAUACUUGCCCUGCAUCAUGACAGUAAUCCUCUCCCAGGUCUCUUUCUGGCUUAAUCGAGAGUCCGUUCCAGCCAGAACUGUAUUUGGUGUAACCACAGUGCUCACAAUGACCACCUUAAGUAUUAGUGCCCGCAAUUCACUGCCCAAAGUGGCCUAUGCGACAGCAAUGGACUGGUUCAUCGCUGUGUGCUAUGCGUUUGUCUUCUCUGCUCUCAUUGAAUUUGCCACAGUCAACUACUUCACCAAGCGAGGCUGGGCCUGGGACGGAAAGAGUAUCGUCAAUGACAAGAAAAAAGAAUCCUCUGUGGUGAAGAAGAACAAUGCCUACGCUGUGGCCGUUGCCAACUAUGCUCCUAAUUUAACGAAAGACUCGAUGUUACCCACAAUUUCCAAGUGUUCCAUCAAUGAUCCCAACAAGGCCUCCUCAGAGAAGAAACCCGAACAUCACAAGAAAACGUUCAACAGUGUCAGCAAGAUCGACCGCAUUUCCCGCAUCAUGUUCCCUGUGCUAUUUGGCAGCUUUAACCUUGUUUAUUGGGCCACUUACCUCAACAGAGAACCAGUUAUUCAAGAUCGAGAUCAUUCUAAGUGAGCAGCAGGCACUUUGCCCAGACAUUGGUAUUAUUUCUACAAGUCAAAAAGGUUUUUGAAUGCAUAGAAAAUUCCCAUCUUCUGUAUAAUUGAUGCAAUUUCCCAGGUACUGUACACUGCACCAUGAAGUUGGAUGCCAAGCACUGAUUCAUUUCAAGUUGUCAUUGUGACUUGUGUGACUGAAUCUCACUUAUGGGCACUGACAAUUUGUGGAAACACAUAGCUUACUGUAGAGCAAGUGUGUCAAACUCGUUUUUUGUCACGGGCCACAUCAUAAUGAGGGUUUAUGUUGGAGGGCAGUUAUGACUGUGAAAUGGAAUAUAUGUAUGUUCGCCUCAUAUUACACCUACAGCGCCACAAAUAGAUGACUAAUUUUGAAAUCAGAGUCCAGUAAAAACUGUUUGUUAAAGUACUAUUCCAUUUAGUUUGCAACAAGGACCGCUCACAAAACAAUUUUUACAAUAUCUAGUAUAUUAAACAUAAAGAGACUUUG